UGUAUGUGCACAGGCAUGCAGGGGCACUGAAGAGCCAUGGGGACCCACCUCACACUCUUGACAUCACACUUCCCCACAACUCUCUACUCCAUCACAAUGCUGGGUGAGUCCUGACCCCCACUGGGCACCUGUACACAGGAAGGUGAAGAUCAACCAUUGCCACACAUCAUGUAUUAAGACUUGAAGCCCAGGAGCAAAACACGAGCUUUGCUAAAGCCUACUGUAAUCACCCAGCAUGCCAAAAAUCAGUGCGGGUGAGAAGGCGCUCAAUGAGCUGGGCUACAAGCUGGGUCAGACCUUAGGGGAGGGCAGUUUCUCAAAGGUGAAAGCAGCCACCUCUACCAAACACAAAGUCCCCCUGGCCAUUAAGGUGGUGGAUAGGCGACAAGCCCCCCCAGCCUUCGUGUACAAAUUCCUGCCCAGGGAGCUUUCCAUUCUACGCAGGAUCCGUCACCCCAACAUCGUGCACAUCUUUGAGCUCAUCGAGGUGUGCGACGGGAAGCUCUACAUCGUGAUGGAGGCGGCAGCCACCGACCUUCUGCAGCUGGUGCAGAAAAUGGGCAAGAUGCCCUGUGUCCCUGAAGCCCGGGACAUCUUCGCACAGAUUGUGGGGGCUGUGCGCUACCUGCACGAUCGCAAUCUGGUGCACAGGGACCUGAAGUGUGAGAACGUGCUGCUGACUGCCGACAGCCGCCGGGCCAAACUCACCGACUUUGGCUUCAGCAAGGAGGUCAACGUCUACCCGGACCUGUGCACCACGUUCUGCGGCUCAGCAGCCUAUGCUUCCCCGGAGGUGCUGAUGGGCGUCCCGUACGAUGGCAAGAAAUCCGACAUGUGGAGCCUGGGGGUGAUGUUUUUUGUCAUGGUGACCGGCCGCAUGCCCUUCAACGACUCCAACGUCCGCAGCCUACCCCAGCAGCAGAAGAAGGGGGUCCUGUACCCAGAGGGAACACCCCCAUUGCCAGGGCACUGCCAGGCCCUCAUCUCCCAGCUACUGAACUUCAAUGCGGAGCGCCGGCCUGGCGCGGGGCAGGUGGCCAAGAACUGCUGGCUGAAAGGAGACAUCUGAGGGACAAUCCUUGCCGGAGGCCCCAGCGUGGCAGUCACAUUUUAGCACAAUAAACACUGUAGAAGAAAAGCACAUUAGCAGUUUCUCGAUCGUUUUGGGUGGCAGAAUGUGAGUGGAAUUGAACUUAAACUGCUGGCGAGACACUGCGGUGGUCAAUAACGUGGUCAGAGAAGGUAGUUAAACCCCUCCACAAAGGAGAUAAAUGUGCCUGCUGUGGGGUUGGCUUUAAGCCCUGGUGACUGUUGAGUGAAGGGU